GUUACAGCAGAAAGUUUUCAUGGAGAAAUGGAAUCACACAUCAAAUGAUUUCAUUUUGUUGGGUCUGCUUCCCCCAAAUCAAACUGGAAUAUUCCUCUUGUGCCUUAUCAUCCUCAUAUUCUUUCUGGCCUCAGUGGGUAACUUGGCCAUGAUUCACCUCAUCCAUGUGGAUCCUCGUCUCCACACACCGAUGUACUUUCUUCUCAGCCAGCUCUCCCUCAUGGACCUGAUAUACAUCUCCACCACCGUCCCCAAGAUGGCGUACAACUUCCUCUCUGGCCAGAAAGGCAUCUCCUUCCUGGGAUGCGGUGUGCAAAGCUUCUUCUUCCUGACCAUGGCGGGUUCUGAAGGCUUACUGCUGACCUCCAUGGCCUACGACCGUUAUGUGGCCAUCUGCCAUCCUCUGCAUUACCCCCUCCACAUGAGUAAAAUGAUGUGUAUGAAGAUGAUUGGAGGCUCUUGGACACUGGGUUCCAUCAACUCCUUGGUACACACAGUCUCUACCCUCCAUAUUCCCUACUGCAGGACUAGGGCCAUUGACCAUUUCUUCUGCGAUGUCCCAGCCAUGUUGCUUAUUGCCUGUACAGAUACUUGGGUCUAUGAAUAUAUGGUUUUUGUAAGUACAAGCCUCUAUCUGCUCUUUCCUUUCAUUGGCAUCACUGCUUCUUAUGGCCGAGUCCUAUUUGCUGUCUAUCAUAUGCGCUCAAAGGAAGGGAGAAAAAAGGCCUUAAGUACCAUAUCAACACAUUUAACUGUUGUGGUCUUUUACUAUGCACCUUUUGUCUACACCUAUCUUCGGCCAAGGAAUCUCCGCUCACCAGCUGAAGACAAGAUCCUGGCAGUCUUUUACACCAUACUUACCCCCAUGCUCAAUCCCAUUAUCUACAGCCUGAGGAAUAAGGAAGUCCUGGGGGCCAUGACAAGAGUGUUUGGGAUAUUCUCUUUCCUGAAAGAAUAAUCAUGGCCUUCCCUAUUCCCUUCGUAUUUCCUCUUUCCAAGUUGGUUUGAACAC